UGUGGAAAUCCAUGGCUCUGAUCAACGCUUUCCGGUGCAUCGAGUGUAUUGCGUGGGACGGAACUAUGCAGAUCAUGUCCGUGAAAUGGGAGGGGAUCCCAACAUGUCUCAGCCAAUCUUCUUUACCAAACCUGCCAAUGUCAUUGUCCCCACAAACACCAAGAUUCCCUAUCCAUUGGCCACCACCAAUCUGCAUUACGAAGUCGAAUUGGUAGUCGCCAUUGGCCAAGAAGGCGCCAAAAUCCCCAUUGCCAAAGCGAGUGAUUACAUUUUUGGAUAUGCCACUGGAAUCGAUUUGACCAGACGAGAUUUGCAAAAUUUGUCCAAAGACAAGGGUCUGCCAUGGGAUACCGCCAAGGCGUUGGACCAAGGAGCACCCAUUUCGGCCAUUACACCGAUACGGAAUAUUAGUAGUGGUGGUGACGAUGAUGAUGAUGACUCAUCUUCCUUUUCGUUAGAUGCCACAAGCAAGAUUUCCUUGACGGUAAAUGGGGAACCCAAGCAAGAAGGAACCUUGAAUCAAAUGAUUUGGACCGUGGAAGAAGUGAUAUCGCACCUGUCUCACAUGUUCACACUGCAACCAGGGGAUUUGAUUUAUACUGGAACACCCAAGGGAGUGGGUCCAAUCGUUGCUGGUGACCAUGUCAAGGCAAUGAUUGAAGGAUUGGAAACGGUAGAGAUGACACUCACAAAGAGUGAUACCUAA